CCCCUCCAGCCAAGAUUCUUUCUCUUUGCUCACCGGCUUCCGUAGAGAAAGGACGUAUAGUGUUUAGUUGUAUUCAAGAAAAUGGCUGAAAAUCAGGAAUACGAGAUGGGAAACGGAGACUUCUCUCAAGAUGUUGGUGGCGAAGAAUACCAAGACGACCAGAUGAAUGGCGACACUCAAAACGGCGGAGGUGGUGAAAAUGCUUCUUCCAACCAGGGACCCGGCAGAGACGACGAUAGGAAAUUGUUUGUUGGAGGAUUAAGCUGGGAAACGUCAGACAAGGAACUAAGAGAUCAUUUUGGCAACUUUGGUGAAAUAGAAAGUAUCAAUGUGAAGACAGACCCCAACACUGGCAGAUCAAGGGGAUUUGCAUUCAUUGUAUUUAAAAGUGCCGAAGCAAUCGAAAAGGUCCUUGCAAAUACGGAACAUGUCAUCAACAACAAAAAGAUCGACCCAAAGAAAGCUAAGGCAAGGCAUGGAAAGAUCUUUGUUGGAGGUCUAUCAACAGAAUUGUCAGAUGACGACAUUAAAAACUAUUUCUCUCAGUAUGGCAAUAUUGUUGAAGUUGAAAUGCCUUAUGACAAGACGAAAAACCAAAGAAAAGGAUUCUGUUUUAUCACAUUUGACUCAGAGCAGGUUGUCUCUGAGCUUCUGAAAACACCCAAGCAGUCAAUCAACGGCAAGGAGGUUGAUGUGAAGAGGGCAACACCCAAGGCUGAUGGCAUGGGGGGUAUGAGAGGAGGUCGUGGUGGCCGAGGAGGCAGAGGCAGGGGCCGAGGAGGUUUUCAAGGAGGCUACGGCCAGGGAGGUUAUGGAGGCUACGAUUAUUCUGCAGGCUAUGGUGGAGGUUAUGAUGGCUACGGAGGUGGCUACGGAGGUUAUGGCAACUAUGGAGGAGGUUACGGUGGCUAUGACUACACUGGCUACGGUGGCUAUGGAGGAUAUGGUGAUGGUGGCUACGGAGGGUACGACCAGUCUUACGGUGCAGGGUAUGGCGCUCCUGCUCCCAGAGGAGGCAGAGGAAAAGCAGCAGGGUACGGUGGCGGAAAGCAGCGGGGAGGCGGUAGGGGGCAGCGUCACACGCCCUACUAGACAACACUCUCUCUCUCUACCCUCAUUUGUCAUUUUUUUAUGUCUGAUAAGAGUACGUGUUGAUUAUUUCGCCCAAAGCCACAUCGAAUCAUUCCAAUCAAGUUCAGUGAUGUGGUUGCAAGACAAUUGCAAAAUGACUGCACUCGGGAGUGCUUUGUGAUUAUAUUUGUGUAUUUAUAUAUUUUCAUGUACAAUUUAACAUACUUGUUUGUAUUUUUAGUUGAUAGAUUUCGUGGAUAUUUUCUUUUUGGAAAUAUUACUGGUGACGUAAUAAAUCUUUUUCUAGGAUUUUAUUAUACAGUGAUGUUUUAGUAUGUAGGAAGUCCCGUACCCAUCGACGUCCAUGUGAAAUGUGUGCAGAACCUGCUGCUCUAACAUUAAAAGCCAUUUUCAAUAAA